GUUUUAAUUCAGUAUACCAUAUAUCUAGAAGUCCAUAAUUCAUUUCUUAGUUUCAUUGACGUAUAGGUUAGGGAUAUGUAUUCAGAACUAUCCACUGUAGGCCCUCACAUUGAUGUGUCUACGAAUAACGGAUCUUACCACUCAACAAGUCUUUUUCACAUGGUACUUCGUUCGUAUAAUAUAAAAACUUGAGGCUUAUGAGCUGUAGGGCUGCGUGUAUUGACUCACUAGUACUUUAAUAAUACUGCCGCUAAUUAGCACUGCGUCUGGAUUUGCCCCGAACAUUUUAGAAGUCUUCGCUAAUAAAAGAUAUAUUUAGCAACUAGAUAUAUAAGCAAGAACAUUAUUCAUCUGACAAUCCAUCCGCUGCCUACUAACUUCCGUAGUUGUACAACACAUGAAUACAUUCAGAUCUCUGCUUGAAGGUUUGAGGGUUGUGUGUGGAUCCCUUUUCUAGCGUGCCCCUGCGAGGGUCCUGUCUUUUAUUAAAUCAGUUAAUUGAACGUACAGACACCUAUUCUGGUAGUAAACUACUAAAGUUGAGUACUUGGAAGUAUAAAAUGGAUAAUACAGGCACUGUGUUCAUCCAUGGCUUUUGGAUUCGAUGGUUGUCCUGGUUUUUUCUUAAAAGAAUGGAUGCCAUAUCCGAGACGUUUUCUUAGUACUCUGUACACCGUAUGUUGUCAAGUUCAUGAGUCUAGUCCCUCAGACUAAGGACAUUCAGGAAAGCACAGCUAGUGAUUCUACGCUCUUUCCUAGGAACCUGAGUCGUACUUCAAACGGAAUUAAAAGUCACCAUAAUAGUGUUAAAUGACAAAUGUAUUGUUGAUCUAACCUAGUGAAAGUUUAUCCAAAUAUACUCUUUCGUCCUGAUAUUGUGGCUUAAACAGACGCAGUGAACCGUGGUCUUCAGAUUAUGACUUACUGUAACCCUCGGUCCAUUAGUUGCGAACUAAGGUCAAAAUGUUUCUUCAGUUUCGUAAUUCCAUCUGCUUUCGUGUCCAGUGUGCAUGAAAACAGCCUCGUCAACAAACAAUUACAUUUUAUACCACCAUAACAUGCCGCCAAGUUCGGCUCAAAGUAUAUAUAUAUGUAUAGUAUAUAAAAAUUUAGUGCUACUUGUCAUAUUUUGACGUCUUCGCUUUAAAAUAUUGUGAGGGAUCUGAUUUAUGAAAGUUCGUUAAAAUUAUUUAUUAUACACCAAAAUACAUGGAUCUACGCAAAUAGUGUCAAAGUGACUAGUCUUAUUUCGUAAAGAUGACUCAUUUGAAUCAUCAGACAACGACAGAAUUGUUAUUUGAAUUCGUGGGAUAACUUUUUGUCCGGUUUAUGGAUCCAAACCGCAUUCAACCCAUGAUGCUGUCUCAAGCUGGGUACAUACUACCUCAACCAGGACUCAGCCUUGUCUCUCCUUUGCCUGGCGGUGCUACUGCGUAUGCCCACCAACCAUCAUAUCAAAAGUCAUUAUACUUUCCAUUGUCGUUUGCUGGUUAUAAUGACCCUCAAGUUAGUGAAAUGGACUUCUCCAGCUCCCAGGUCCAGAGCACUUACACUUCACCUGCCGAUGUGCUGGAAAAAGACUACCAAAUUGUUACUUAUGAAGAGCUUGAAAAAUUACUCCCAGAACCCAAACCAUCUGGUCGCGUCGAGUUGGGUUUGCUUCCGAAUGGGUGUGCUUAUGCACCUAAAACAGCAAGUCGAGAAAAUUACUUGUUAUUUGCAUCAAAAUAUAGCUAUAUAUUGUAUUUCACUCAUCAUUAUUUUUCUCGAGAAAACUUAUGCCGGGAUCAGACGUUCCUGAAUAUGCUUGUUGAUCGACUGAUUUUGCCAAUCGAAAAGCUUGUCAAAGCUCCUCGUUUAGCAGCUCUAAAUACUACUCAUGAAGAAGUGGAAAAAGCCUUACUUGGCAGUAAGAUUGUUUGUGUUGAAGAUAUGAAUGCGGGAAUGCGUGGUGUUCGCCGCAUUGAUGGUUAUCCUGGUCUGUCUACGAAUCCUGAUACUUCAAUAAAUGUGCAAUCUGAGAGUGGAUUAUCGACUUUUACAUCGUCUCAGAAUUUAACCUCGUUGAUUGGGUCUUUCUCUCUCCAACCACAAUUGCCUGAUCAACAAAUUACUACCAGUCUUCAAUCCGUAGUUGUGUUGAAAACUGCUGGUUCAGACAAAUUCCGAUCUGAUGGCGUUAUAAGAUCUGGACACAUGAAUUCUGAAACAAGCAAAGAGCUUUUACAAGCAAGUACUUUAAUUCAAAACCCGGUGACAACGAAUGUUUGCAUAGCACCUGCGUCUCAUCAAAUGUCCAUUCCAUUAUUGUUACCUUUAUGUGGUAUCGAGAACUGCAGCAAUAUUCAUAUAGAAUGUACCGGCACAGCGGGUCCUUCAGUAGCACCUUGUCGUAAUACUGCUCCUUGGAUAUUACAACGGCCUACAAAACAGCAUAAUCCAUAUUCUCGUGUUGCACAUGUGAUAGUUCCUCAGUCUAUAAAUCAAACGAAUUCUACAAAUUACAAUAGAAACCAACCGCUCGCGUGGGACUUUCAUCAGCGCCCACAUCUCCCAGCUGCGAACAGUACACAUUCAAGUGUAGUACCAGUACGGCGUCAAACGCAUUUGCCAAAUUAUUUCAUUCGUCAGACAGGGAAUGUUAUAGAGUCAUGUCCUGUCCCAUUUUCAAUACCACAAACAAGUAACACAAAUCAACCUUUCAAUCUAGCUGUAGCAGCUGCUUUAGCAUCCAUGAGUACAAGCACCAGUAAUAGUAUUAAUCCAAACUACUAUGGACAUCAACCGCAGUAUUUCCCCAACCAGUUGUUAACCAACUCUUCAAACAUCAGUCCAAUUGGAGCUAACCAACAACGACCAUCAAAUGCACUUUUGAAUCACCUCCAAGCAGUAGCUGCCAUGUCAGCUGUUGCACAACAUUCGAAUGCUACACCUUAUUUUCAGAAUCCUGUAUCUCAAACUAAUCCUUUUCAUAUCCCCACCCCUGUGCCAUUGCCAGUGUACUACACCGCUCCACAGUUAUCGUUACAAUCUUCUGGUGCGCGGAACUCUUUACAGCGUUUACAACAAAAUGUGUAUCCGAUGCAAAGCUAUGGCUAUCAGACAGUCCAAAACGUCCCAGUAUCUGAGUCAUCGGAUAAUCUAAGGUCAGAUAGUAGAUGUGGCUUAACGGUACCGAAUCUCCCACAACAUACAAAUAACUUGAUUUAUCCUAUACUGUUGCAACCACCCGUGCACAUACAGCAUAAGUUACCCACACAUAUGAAUGGUACAGGGUGGCAGGUUCACAACCCUGGUCAGUCGAUACGUGGAGCAUUCAAUUCAGUAGGUUUAACGCCUAUACCCAUUAACUUCACAGUCAUUAACACUAAUGGCUCUACUUCGGUAGCCAAUAAUGGGAUGCUCAAAGAGUUACCAACGUUUUCAGACACAAAAGAUAAUCUUGAUAACAAUACAGCAGUAGAUAAUAUGGUAAGUGAUGCUGCAAUAAAUGUGUCUCUUGCAUCUGAAAAUCAAUUGGAUAGUGGAUCGUCUGUGUUACCAGGGUUAAUUUCAUCUACUGAAAAUUUUACAUGCGCAGUUAUUGGCGACAAUCAGUCUCAUAAGCUUCCCAAACAAGUUGAAAAAAUGACCUCUCCUGGUUCGGUUCAUGAUUCUGAGGAUUCAGUUAGUUCUGGGAUAGGAGACAUGACUGCCACUAGCACUGGUGAUAAUGACAGUCGUAACAAUUCGUCGUGCACACCAACCGAACCAACUCGUAUUAUUCCGAAAUCUGACUACGUACGAAACAAGUCUUCAACACGAAUUAAAGAAAAACUUACUGGUACAUGAGUCUCCGAAAUGAUGAAAUUCAUAAUUUUGUAUUAUCAUUCACUGAAGCUACAAGUGAUCAUCCAAUAUCAUGCAGUCAUUUGUUUCAAGUAAUUUUACACAGCUUACUGGAUAGACUAGUAAAGGAAACUCAUAAGCAGAACAUAUAUUGUGCUUACCAGUUAUCUUUUUCACCAUUAUAAUUAAAGCGACGGAAAUAGAAACAAAGAACCAUAACUACUGGCCGUUUCAUCCUGCAUAUUCACGAACCACCGUUCCGGUCACAGUUACGCUGUUCAUUUUCAUUACAAAUGCUUUAUUUUAAGUCGGAAAAUACUGUGAUUAGAAUUCGCGUUACAGCCACUCCUAUAUGGUGUCUAAACUGCCUUUUCUUUCAUUUUGAAGAUUUCUUAGUUACUGUUUUUAUUCCACCCUGUUUGUAUAUAUGAUUUAUUGUCAGUACAUACGUAUCUAUAUACCACCGCUUUACUUCAAGCUUCCUUAAGUGUUAUCAUUUUGCGAGGUAUACUGCACAAUUUACAUUUCCCCAUGCAAAAGAGAAACCAAUUAUCCUACCUCACUAUAUACGUAUAUCCCAGAAAAUCUCCAGAUAAGCGCCUUAGGUCUAGAUUUUCGUAGUUAUAUGCAACUAGGAGUUUAAAGGAUUAGAACUAUACCGAAAUCAAACUAUUUGUUUUUCAUUGACUUUCUAAUUACAAACAAGCUGAGAUUUUUUCCUUAUCCGUGCUCUCCCUGAGACUUAUUAAUUUAAGCUGCUAAAGCACCUUGAUUUUCCAUUAAACUGUUUAUUUUGAGAUAUUUUCUUCCUUAUAGUGUUACCUUGCAAAUCUUAAAAAUAACUUCUUGGUUUCAAAGUUAUGCAAGAUCUUUCAUGAGUGAAUAGAUGUGCAUUUUCUUAUUGCGAAGCAAAUCAUUUUGUGAAGUAUAAAUAAAUGGGAUUUCGAUAG